UAAAUAUUACCCAUUACUGCUUUAUCUCGUCACUCUCCUCAUUAUGCCUGCGUGUAUCAAGACAAGAAAUGUUGCUAAAACAACUCGUUCUAUCCCUAAUUUUAACCAAUUUAAUUCCUCCCAGUGCCUGUGGCCGAAUUUUAGCCAUAAUGCCAACCCCUUCAUACAGCCACCAAAUCGUCUUCAAUCCGCUCUGGCUCACACUGAACUCAAGAGGACACCACGUCACCUUAUUCACCACUGAUCCGAUCAAAAACGCCAAUUUAUCAAACUUUCGACAAAUCGAUUGGAGCUUCGCUUACCAAUUAUGGCACGAAAAGCACAACGUCAGCGACAUCAUAAGGAACUUCAAUACAAAUUUACUCAAGUGUUUAAACCAAUACGUGGAAAUGAUGAACGACAUCAUCAUACGAGAGCUGGAACAUCCCCAAGUCCAGGAAAUCAUCAAUGACAAAAACGAACACUUUGAUUUGGUCGUCGUUGAGUUUUUAAAUCCCGCAAUGGUGGCUUUCAGUAAGAGAUUUAAUUGUCCGUUUAUUGGAAUGUCCCCAAUGGAUUUGACCAAUUUUGUACAUGAAGCCUUGGGUAAUCCAAUCUCUCCGGCUUUGUUCCCGGAUUUUAUUUCUCACUACGAUGGCGAGAUGAAUUUUUUUGAGCGAGUCCUUAACACGUUCUACUACGUUGGAAGUAAACUCUAUUUCAAGUAUUAUUUUUACCCGAAAAUUGAUGAGAUUAUUAAGGAGUAUUUUGGAGAGGAUGUCCCUCCUUUGGAACAGAUGCAACGCAAUGCCAGCAUGGUUUUUCUGAACACGAACCCAAUUAUUCACAACAUAAGGCCCCUAAUGAGCAACGUGUUAAUGGUAGGUGGGGGAACACAUUUUGAGGGAGAUACUCCCCUACCUGAAGAUAUACAAAAAUUUUUGGACGGGGCUGAAAACGGAGCGAUUUAUUUCAGCCUUGGGACAAAUGUUAAAAGCAAGGAUUUGGACCAAGACACGAAAACAACAUUUUUGCAAGUAUUUUCCGAACUGCCGUAUAAAGUGUUAUGGAAAUUUGAAGACGCAAGCGUUACAACAAAUUCGAAAAUAUUGGUGAAACCGUGGUUACCACAACAACAGAUUUUAAAACAUCCAAAAAUAAAACUCUUCAUUACUCAAGGAGGUCUCCAGUCUUUAGAGGAAGCAAUUUACAACGGAAUUCCCAUUAUUGGGAUGCCCGUCUAUGUUGAUCAGUAUUCCAACGUUAAAAGGGCAAUUCGGAAAGGGAUGGGAAUUAUCCUUGAUAGUAAUAAUGUGGGGAAAGAAAUACUGAAGAAGUCUAUCGAAGAUAUUUUAAAUAAUGAGAAGUAUAAAAAAUCAGCAGAAAAGUUGUCAAUUUUAUUGAAAGAGCAACCCGUUUCUGGGCUUAACCAAACCGUGAAGUGGAUUGAGUAUGUCUUGAAAUAUAAGGGAGCGAAGUUUUUGAAACCAGCUCAAAUCCCAACGUAUCAGUAUCUCCUGAUUGAUGUGUUAACAUUUUUUGUGGCAUUUUUUAUAUUCUCUGCUUAUUUUUCAUUUGUGUGUUUGAAAUUACUUGUCAAGUGUAUGAAAGAAAGACGUAAGGUUAAAACAGUCAAGUUAGAAUAAACUUUUCUUGUUAACAA